CGCCGCUGUUGACAAUCAGAGAUCCAUACGUUUUUUUUUUUUUAUUGUAUACUUUUUGCAUUUGGAUGUUUCUGUUGUGUUGUGGUUGCAACAAUGCGUACGCUACUUAGUGGCAACAAUUGCCUGACGUGUCUGCAUCCCAUGGAGACUGGAAGUGAAGGCACAAACAUGAACGCGGAGCUGCAAGAGUUGCUGCAGCGUCAUCUCGAUUGGCAGCCGGAUGAAUUGAGUUGCGAAUUGUUGCCGCAACGACUGUGCAACGCGUGCCACCAGCUGCUGCUGAGCUACGAGCAGUUUCAGCAGCAGGCACGCAACAGUCGCCAGCAGCUGUUGGCCAUGCUGCAAUCGCAAAGGGAGAACAAACAACAAACUGCCAGCUUUGAAAUCGUUUACGAGGAGCACAAAACGGAUGACCUGAUGCUGGACAAGACAGCGCUGGAAACAGAGGAUGACAAUGCUGUUGCGGCUGCCGACAAUGCUCCUCAACCAGAUCCAUUUGAUGAACCACCUGCUGCCCCAGAGCAAGUGCAGCAGCGACGCUACAAAGGCCUCAAGAACAGCUUCAAGUGUCAGCAGUGUGGUCACUGCUUUGCCCACAAUCUGACGCUGCAGGCGCACAUACGUAAGGUGCACGAGGGCAGCAAACGGCCGUUUCAAUGUGAUCGCUGUGACAAAUGCUACAGCUUCAUGGGCGGCCUCUACACACACAUCAAGGAGAUUCAUGGCAGCCAGAAGCGAUCGUAUCCCUGCGAUUAUCCCGGCUGUGAACGCAUCUACAUCAGUUGCAUUGCCAUGCAGAAGCACAAACGGCUGAAGCACAGUGCCAGCUUGCCACCGGGUGCGGCACGCAAAUAUGUGUGCGAACAAUGCGGCGCCACGUUCAAUCAGACCGCGAAUCUUAAGUACCACCGACGCACCAAACAUCCAACGGCAGCGGAGGCGGCAGCAAACGCUCGAGAUAGUGAGCGACACUUUUGUGAGCUGUGUCAAAAGCAUUUCCAUUCCCGCUACACCCUCAAGUAUCACAAUAUGCAACAGCAUGCGGCGGCUAGCUCCGAUCCCGAUGAGCUGCAGCAGCUGCACGAGUGUCAGGUGUGUGGCCGUCGCAUGGCCAAGCGCUUUAUGCUCGUCCAGCACAUGCUGAUGCACAGCAACGACAAGAUGCCCUGCGAACAUUGUGGCCGGCUGUUUGCCCGCAAAUUCGAACUGGAGGCGCACAUUCGUGCGGUUCAUCUGAAGCUGAAACCCUUCGAUUGCAAGUAUUGCGCCGAAUCGUUUGCAUCUCGUAAAACGUUGAGGCAUCAUGAGUAUAUACACACCGGGGAGAAGCCGUAUGUUUGCCAGGUGUGUGGCCAGGCAUUCCGACAGCAGACGUGCCUCAAGAAUCACGGCAAGGUGCACGACAAGCUGCUCAACAAAUGAGCUCGAAGCUCAAAACC